CGAUUUUUUAGGUUUUGAAUGAAUUAAAUUGUUAUAUAGGAAUUAACGGGGUAUUUCUUGAGUUUUUCAAGUGAUAAAAGACGGUUGAGAUAAAACCUUGAGUUUUUUUGUGGAUGUUUGACCUUCGGAGCGAUUUUGACAGGAAUUGGAACGAGCUGAUUUUCGUACCCCGACGCGGACAACGGCGGGGCGAAUCAUCCCCACAAUUUCAGCCUGGGGUGAUUUUUGCGCAACUCUCCAAGAGAAGAAAAGUGCGCUUGCUUCCGCUACCGUCAGACGGAGCUGGAGCCAAGUGGACUACCUCUGCAGUACAGGGGGAACCACCGGGGGCUGCAGUCCUCUCCGCACCCUCGCGAAGCGGACUUUGCUCUCCUUCCUCUCGCACUGGUUCGGCUUCUUUCCGUGGAUAAACGCGAGACUACGUCGUUUUUCAGCAUCCUGAAUCGAUACGUGGCCUGCACAGGUUAAUCCAGGUUCAAGCAGAUCCUAAGAAGAAAGCAGGGAUUUUUUGCGAAGUUGCUCGGCGACGAGCAAUGGAAGAAGUGUUGCCCGAAGGAAAGAAUUUCAAAUUGUUAGAAGACUCGGAGCUGGAAGAAGUAGUCGAUUUUCUGAGUAAUUACUUGCCGGAUUCCAUCAAGUUCCAUCAAACCUUGAAGACUUACCUGAACGACCGCGUUUGGGAUUUCCAUUUCUACGUGAAUAAAGAGUGGCCCGAACAACCUUUGGUCCUACAUUUUCCCGGUAUGACGAAAACGCCGAACAACAAAGUCUACGAAAGCUUCAGCGUGUUCUGUCCUUGCGAUCAGCUGGACAACUUAGAUCAACUGAAGGAGGAAGACGUGUUGAUUGACUGGACCCGGCCAAUAUACAUGAACUUCACGCAUGCAAGCAUCAUGGAAAGGAUCGAGGAGUUCUACUCAGAAAUAGGAACAAUGGAAAAGAUGACUGGAGACAUUUAUGUCCAGACUGACGAGGACUGGGAGGAAGGGAGCACAGAAAUAGAAUUCGCAGACGAUGCGGAGAUGCUGCAGCUGUCACCCGAGCAUGCACCCACCAUUUACGAACUUUACCCCGCAAAUCACAUGGAAUGCAUCGAGGUGUUCGAAAAGCUCAUGGCAACACUGCCCUGUUACGGUGUCUUCUCCAAGACGGGAGAACUUGCCGCUUGGAUGGUACAGUCGUACUAUGGCGCGAUGUUUUCGAUGCAGACAAAGCCCGAUUACAGGAGGAAAGGCUAUGGCCUCAUCCUUGCCAAGUACCUGACCAACAUAGUCAAAAACCGCGGUUAUAUGCCUUUUGUGGUUAUCCGUCCUGAAAACGAUGCUUCUAAGGGUCUCUACACAAAGCUGGGAUUCAAGAAACACUUCGAAACCGUAAGGGCCAUCUUACACCCGAAUGAUAUGGCAAACGACCAUCAGGGUGGGGGGGAGGCAUCGUAAAAUAACUAAUUCUGACUACCACGCACAUUUUUAAUAGUGGCUUUCAUUCGAAUAAUAAGUAUGAUGAUCAUUUGCUCUGUACUUUCUCGAGAUGCCGCAAUGAAAAUGGUCGAGUGUGUCCAGACCUUUAGAGGUGGAUUUAACGGUCAUCAUUCUUUGGAGAAAGAAACAUGAAGGCAGGAAAUUUACAUUUAAUUCAGGGCGAAUCAUUAUGUGCGCUCAGGUAACAGAAACAGCUACAAAACCUAUACACAAUAUGAACCAAUCUCUUGGAUCGUUCAAGUUCAUAGAGGUCAUGACGUAUCAUUUUUCAAAAGCUGAAAAACAGAUAUCUUACAUAUCGAAUGUAUGUUUCUUUUUAUUCUGGUCGCAUUUUUGCUGCUCUGAAUUAAAGUUGUUAGUUAUCACAAAUAAUAUCCUAUUGUGUUGUUUGAAAUGUUUUUGUAACAGAGGUUCGUUCAAACAAUAUAAUAUUUUUCGCCAAAAAGUCCAUAAUCAUUCUGAGAAGUUUCGUUCGUUCAAAUGUGUAAGAAGUAGUUUUUUUAGCUUUGCGGUUUAAAUUUCAGAAUAUAAAUGGUACACUGUAGUUUGGUCGAAAUUUUAUCGCCGAGAAGAUUUUUCAAGAAUUCUCCGACAAUUUUGAGAAUUUAUUCAAUCGUCUGAAGAAUGGUAUGCAAAUAAUUGGAUGAGUAGAUCCGUUUCUUAUGAACCUUCCUUAAAGGCUGUGCGUUUUAUAUGAAGAACAACUUUGAGAUAAUUUUUAUUAGUUUGAGGGUAUUGAAUGUCUUAUAGUGAAAAUUUAAAUUUGAAAAAUAUGUAAAAAAAAAACAAACGUGGCUGUGAAUUAUUGAAGCUCAUUUUGUAACUUGAGUAAAUGAGAAAAAAUGUACUGUUGAACAUAAAAAAACCUGUUACAAAAACAAGAAGUUGAACUUAGUUUUCAGGGCAGUCUUCAUCCAAUAUCACUGCUCCUCGAAAAUUAUUUAAAAGAAUACUAGUUUUAACUUAUUCAUUGAAAUUUGAUAGAAAAACAUAGGUCUACCAAAUUUAUAUUCAACAAAACAUCCCGUUAUUGAAUAUUAAAUAUCACUAGAUUUGAUAUAUUUUCUGCUUUCAUGUUCUAUUGUUUUCAUUUCCAAAGAAAAUAUUGAUAACAAAAUGAAUGUGAGAAUGAUAUAUUCAAUUACAGAGUAAAAGAAAGUCCGGCAUCUCCAAAGUUAAGACUUCUUGCCUGGCAUAGCUCUCAAAUGCUAAUUUUUAGCAUUCUCAAGUUUUGCAAAUUUCUACAGUACCUAUCAAAGAAUUGCACCAAACAAAAUUUUACCAAAAAAAAAACAUGUUAAAAAACAGCUUCACCAUCGUCAUUUUGUGAACUCGAUGUUGAUAUAGUUGUUCUGAUGAGCAAUUAUGAAUUUAAAUCGUCUUUUGGAUCCAGCAUUUUGGAAAUAUCCCUAGUAGUGAAUACCUCUUAUAGAAGAAGUUAUUUUAGGACCAACCAUGUAGACACGAAUCGUUUGUAAAUUUCCAUAAGCUGGUAGUGUUUAAUAAUUUUACAGAAUGUAUUUAUAAUAUAUUUUAUUCCAUGAAA